AUGUUUGCAAGUUCUGCAGCUUCCACAACGGUUACUAAAACUGCCAGGGGAGUUUGGAUGCGUCGCUUAAGUGUAAGACUGUGUUUGUUUGCACACGCAGCGAAGCGAAAGAGAACGCCAUCGCCCUACAAUAUGUUCAUGCGAGAAGAGGUAAAGAGGCUGAAGGAAGCUGACCCCGGACUGGACCACCGGGAAGCUUUCAAGAUGGCUGCCAGCAACUGGGCCAAGUCUCCCGACAAGUGCCGGGGCGCCGCCUACGGCUCCUACAUGCAAGCCAUGGCCAAACUGCCCAACCCCAGCGGCAAGCCGCCGACGGCAGGCAUGGCGGCAACCUCCAGCGGCAGCCCAUUUCCCGGCAGCCUGUUCGGCGGAGCCUCCGGGCCCCAAGGAUCGCAGACCGGCCACCCGACCGCCCACCCACAGGACAACGCGAUUCGCUUCGAACAAGGCAGUGCGGCGCCGAGAGGCGCCCCUUCUCCAUUUGGUGCCGAAGCUGUGGCGGAUGCUGGGGCACUACACGGUGGCUCGAGUCUCGCCCCCGCCAGUCCUGGUCUAGAAUGGAACGGCGACGGCGGAGGGCACUGCGACGCGGCUGGGCUGAUGGUCCCGCGCGGCUCCCAAUCAGACCAGGGCCUGGAGUGCGCGAUGCACCCUGGGCAUGUCGGCAUGGCACUCGGGGGUGGCCCCUGCGGCGCCGUUCCCACGAGCGAUGGAUUGCCCGAGGAGGGUUUCGGCUUCGGGGGAGAGGGGCUUGUGGAUGGCCGCCACGGGUCGAAGACGGUGGAGAAUCCCGGGGACGAGGGCUGUAGGGAGCAGGACGCCUCUGGGCCGUACCGGUGCUUCAUUGUGCCGGCCGAUGGGGACAGGGUCUCGGUGACACUGGUCCCCGAUGUUGAUGCGGAAGCGCGGUGA